AUGGCACUCCGGUCUGCUGUCGACUCAAUCGGGACUCGAGUUCCGUUUCUUUCUACCAUACGGCUUAAUUUUUUGUCUCUCCAUUAUGGCUACAUCAUCACCUGUUCCCUCGUUGCCUCUGUCAUCCUCUACGCGCCUGGGAAUAUGACAUACAUUGAUGCGCUGCUGUUCGCUACCGGUGCUACUACCCAGAGCGGUCUCAACCCCAUCGACACCAAUCUUCUAUUGACCUACCAGCAGACACCACGGUCAGAGUGGCCCGCCGCUUCGCCUUGUACACAGCCGGCCCAGGAACACCAUAUCACCAUCGAUGAGCCUAAUGCUGCCCGGAUGCGUUCGAGAAUUAAUCCUCGUCGAAGUUCAACCUAUCGUCCCUCGGAACCGGAUGCAGAUUUCAUUCCGCCAGAAAGGACGAGAAGUAGAACAUUUUCGGGUCUUUUUCGUUCUUCGUCUCAGGGUCCCGACAUUGGUUCAAGCCCCUAUCUUAGUUGGCAGCCGACAAUCGGCCGAAAUUCUGCGUUUGUCGACCUUACAGAGGCUCAGAGGAACGAGCUAGGGGGGAUUGAAUACAGAGCCUUGAAAUUACUAGUGGUGGUGCUGAUUUGCUACUUCUUCUUCUUCCAUCUAUUAGGCAUUGUAUCCUUGGUGCCAUGGAUUCUGAAAACAGAAAGAUUCGGUAAUAUUGUCAAAGAAGCAGGGUUAGGCCGUCCGUGGUGGGCUGUUUUCGCCUCUGCUUCCGCCUUCAACGAUCAAGGAUUCGCUCUCACCCCAGACUCGAUGAUGUCGUUUUACGAUGCAAUAUUUCCACUUCUUUUGCUGAGUUUCCUUAUUCUUGUCGGAAAUACCGCAUUUCCUUGCAUGCUGCGAUUUACGAUCUGGAUGCUUUCUCACCUCGUUCCCUUCGGCAGCCCUGCGUGGGAAGAAUUGCGGUUCUUGCUAGACCACCCACGAAGAUGUUUUACCCUUAUGUUUCCUGGCGCGGCUACGUGGUGGCUAUUUGGAGUUCUUGUUGUUCUUAAUGGUCUACAACUGAUCAUCUUCAUUAUUUUAGAUUUGAAUAACCCGGAAUUCAACAGUAUUCCGAUUGGGAUACGCUUUGUGGAUGGUUUUUUCCAAGCAGCAUCGACGCGGACGGCUGGUUUAGCGGUCGUCAAUCUGGCAAAUAUUCAUCCUGCUGUUCAGGUAUUCUUUUUGAUUAUGAUGUAUAUUUCCGUGUUCCCUGUUGCCAUUUCGGUCCGUCGGACAAACGUUUACGAGGAGGGCAGUUUGGGGAUAUAUUCCUACCCUGAUGACGAUGAAGAUGAAACGCUGGGCUCGAAGAAUGUCAGUUAUAUCGGGGCCCAUCUACGAAGACAACUAAGCUUCGAUUUAUGGUAUAUUUUCCUUGGGUUGUUCCUCAUCUCCAUCAUCGAAGUCAACAGACUUGACCAAAAGGGCGAAAAUUUUUUCUCCAUGUUCGCGGUCAUGUUCGAGAUCGUCUCCGCCUACGGAACCGUGGGCCUGUCACUUGGGUUCCCGAACUCCAACACCGCGCUCGCCGGGCACUUCAGGCCCUUAUCGAAACUCAUUAUCAUCGCCAUGGAAAUCCGUGGCCGCCAUCGUGGUUUGCCAUACGAACUCGAUCGUGCUAUUCUGCUACCAUCCGAAUCCCUCAACCGGAAGGAAUCAAUGGACGCCAACAAACGGUUGAGACGUCGUGGAUCCAAUAUGAGCACCUUUUCCGUAGCCACACGGCAGCAGUCAAUGCCACGCGUGCCCCUCAAGGGGACACGAUCAUCAAGUGCGUAUCAGCGAGGCGGGUGGCUUGGUUCCCGGCCAGAGCCAACUCCUUCUCAGAUCGGAGCCGCAAAUACUGGACCUCCAUUACGCCCACAUCAAGAGGGUGUUUAG